GUUUAGCCGCUCCAUGCGCGUGCUUGCGCAUGGGGGUUAGGGGGGAAGGGGUUGGUGACACAAGCCCGACCCCCCCGCCCUCCGACUCCUACUCGCCGCGUUUUGCUCCCUGCUGCCGCCCCUCACGCCUCGCCCCUCCCCUUGGCCCGGUGCCUGCCCCUCCUCCCGGCCAGUGUGUCCCGCUGGCCGCCCUGGAGCCCAGUGUAUGUGCGGCAACAACAUGUCCGCGCCGCUCCCCGCCAUCGUCCCGGCCGCCAGGAAAGCAACCGCCGCGGUCAUAUUUCUUCAUGGAUUGGGAGAUACUGGACAUGGCUGGGCAGAAGCAUUUGCAGGUAUCAGAAGUCCACAUAUAAAAUAUAUUUGUCCACAUGCGCCAGUUAUGCCAGUUUCUCUGAACAUGAAUAUGGCCAUGCCAUCUUGGUUUGAUAUUAUUGGACUCUCUCCAGACGCACAGGAAGAUGAAGCUGGGAUCAAGCAGGCAGCAGAGCAUGUUAAAGUACUGAUAGAUCAGGAAGUGAAGAAUGGAAUUCCUUCUAACAGAAUAAUUUUGGGAGGCUUUUCUCAGGGAGGUGCCUUGUCAUUGUAUACAGCUCUUACAACACAUCAGAAAUUAGCAGGAGUCAUAGCACUCAGUAGUUGGCUUCCACUACGAACCUCUUUUCCACAGGGUGCUAUCAGUGGUGUAAACAAAGAUAUUCCUAUUCUUCAGUGCCAUGGGGACUGUGACCCUUUGGUGCCUCUGAUGUUUGGUUCCCUCACUUUUGAGAAGCUAAAGAGUCUGAUAAAUCCAGUCACUGUAACCUUCAAGACUUAUUCGGGCAUGAUGCAUAGUUCAUGUAUUGAGGUAAUCUUCUAA